AUGUCUGUAUCUCUGUGCGUAUUGCGAAUAGAAGUUGACGAAGAACUUCCAGAAAUGGGUGAUAAUUCAGUUGAAACUGAACUAGCUAAGGAGCAGAAGAAGAAAGAUCGAGGUUCGCGUGAAUCUAAAACUAUAACUGUUGAAACAUAUGCUAGUGUACUUAUGGGCCCUAACUCUGAGUCUGGUAUAUUGCCGACUAGUUCCCGAAGAUCAUCUCCAAAUAACAGUGCUGUUGAGGAUACUGAAACCAUUAGUUUCUUCUGUGGAAAUCCAUUGGUAGAAGUUACUAAGGGGAUCUUACAUUUAUAUAAAGAGAAUGAAUUAAAAGAAGCAGAAGAAGCAAAAACUUUAUGUUUAUUAUCCGUGCCUGGGGCUUUAGGUGCAGCUGACCUCUUAGCUUUUGCAGCUGCCUGUCAACAGGAUAUCUCACAUGUUAGAGUUCUUAGAGAUGGUUCUCCCGAUCAUUAUAUGGCAUUGCUCACAUUCCGCACAAGCCAAGCAGCACAGGAAUUCCACUCUGCUUUUUCUGGUGUACCAUAUAGCAGCCUAGAGCCACAUGCCCUUUGCCACAUGGCAUGGGUAUCACGAGUUGAGUGGGCUAGACAUGGAGCUGCUCCGGCCUCGCACACUGAAUUGCCUACAUGCCCUGUGUGCUUAGAGCGCAUGGAUGAAAGCGUGGCGGGCGUGCUGAGCGUGCAGUGCGCGCACGCGUUCCACGCGGAGUGCCUGGUGCGCUGGCGUGACGCGCGCUGUCCCGUGUGCCGCUGCGCGCAGACGCCCGAGCCGCGCGAGCGCGCCGCCUGCGUGCAGUGCGAGGCCGAGGAGGGUGAGGGCGAGGCGGAGGCGGCGGCGCUGGCGCGCGAGGACGCGGGCGCGGCCGAGGGGCUGGAGGCGGGCUCGCUGUGGAUCUGCCUCAUCUGCGGGCACGUCGGCUGCGGCAGAUAUGAAAAAGGCCAUGCAGCGAAACACUUCCUCGCAUCAAACCACACUUAUGCCCUACAGUUAGGCUCAAACAGAGUAUGGGACUAUGCAGGAGAUAACUUCGUGCACCGGCUGGUGCAGAACAAGGCGGACGGCAAGCUGGUGGCGGCCGAGGACAAGCCCGACGCGCAGCUGGAAUUCACGUAUGCGCUCACGCGCCAGCUGGACGGCCAGCGCGCGCACUACGAGCAGCGCCUGCACGAGCUGGAGGGCGCGGCGCGGGCGGCGGAGGCGCGCGCGGCGGAGGCGGACGCGGCGGCGGCGGCGCUGCGCCGCGACAACGCCGCACUCGAGCGCCGCCUGCACAGCCUCUCCGCCAAGGUGUCGUCGCUGCAGAGCUCGCUGGCGGAGGAGCGCGGGCUAGCGGCGGCGCUGGCGGCCGCGCACGCGCAGUGGCAGGCCAGCGCCGCCGCCGCGGAGGACGCCUUCCGCACUGAGGUGGCGGAACUAAAGGAUCAGCUCCGCGACGUGAUGUUCUUCGUGGAGGCGCGCGGGCAGCUGGAGCGCGCGGAGGGCGCCACGCCUGAGGAGCUGGCGGGCGCGCGCGUGUCCGUGCCGCCGCCCGCCAAGCCGCGCCGCCGCCGUCGC